AUGUCACUGUUUAGCCAGGCCAGUUUUGAGGAAGACGGCCCGAAGCAACCAGCUGUGGGACACUGGAAGACACUAAUGCCAUCCAAAGGCAGCAAGGAGGAGCCGGAGACUGGAUGCCAGGAUGCUGGAGGUGUGGAUGAGUCCCAGUCCACCGAGCAGCUCAAUGUGUCACGUCUACGCAGCUCUUCGGUGGAGAUCCGUGAAAAAGGGUCUGAAUUCCUGAAGGAGGAGCUGCACAAAGCACAAAAGGAGCUGAAGCUGAAGGACAAAGAAUGUGAGAGAUUGUCAAAGGUCAGAGAACAACUGGAGCAGGAACUAGAGGAGUUAACAGCUAGCCUAUUUGAGGAAGCGCACAAGAUGGUGAGAGAAGCAAACACUAAACAGGCGGCGUCAGAGAAACAGCUGAGGGAGGCACGGGGGAAGAUCGACAUGCUACAGGCAGAGGUAACAGCUCUGAAGACACUGGUGAUCACAUCCACACCUUCCUCUCCGAACCGGGACCUGCACCCUCAGCUCCAGAGCCCUUCUAAAGCCGUCUUCAGGAAGGGCCAUGGGCGAAACAAAAGCACCAGCAGUGCAAUGGUCUCAGCUACCAGCCAGAAUGUGACUCCAGAGCCAGUCAGUCAUGAAUGCAAAGAGGUCGACUCCAUUUUAUUUGCUGAGUUCCAGGCCUGGAAGGAAUCUCCAACGUUGGAUAAAUCCUGUUCCUUCCUGGACAGAAUUUAUCGAGAAGAUGUAGGACCUUGUCUGGACUUCACUAAGCAGGAGCUGUCGGAGCUGGUGCGAGUGGCUGUGGAGCAGAAUACACUCACCAUUGAGCCAGUUGCUUCCCAGACACUGCCUGUGGUGAAGGUGUCAGCAGAAGAGUGCAGUGGGCCAAAGAAGUGUGCUCUGAGUGGCCUCCCCAGGACCUGCAAGCACCGCAUCAUGCUGGGAGAUUCUGGGAAUUACUACUACAUUUCACCAUCCUGCAGGGCCAGGAUCACAGCGGUGUGCAACUUUUUCACAUACAUUCGCUAUAUCCAGCAGGGCUUGGUGAGGCAGGAUGUGGAGCUGAUGUACUGGGAGGUCAUGCGGCUCCGGAGGGAGAUGUCUCUGGCCAAACUUGGGUUUUAUCCCAGUGAGAUGUAAGCAGAGGCCUGAGCAUGGAAGGAACCUGCUCCUGUACGAAUGGCUUGUCAAAUGCAGUCUGCCAAACAUAUGAAUGCAGUGCCUCUCCUGCAGUGGGCCUUACUCCCUCCCCACCCUCGCUCUGCCUGAAGCUGAUCAAGGAGCAAGAAGCACAAGUUCUACCUUCAGCUGUCCCACUUCUCCAACUGUGACUGGAAUGCAGCUGCCGAGCUACCCUCU